AUGGUUUCCAAGUUGUUCCGAGUCUUCGUUUAUGGAACUCUCAAAGUUGGUGAACCAAACCAUCAUGUACUCAAAGAGACCAAAGGCUUUGAAAAAUUCUUAGGACGUGGUAAAACAACAAUAAAGUUCCCUCUCAUUGUUUCUUCCGAGUUCAACAUUCCAAUGAUGCUCAACCAGCCAAACUCGGGGAUGUUCAUUAAUGGUGAAGUUUAUGAAGUAGAUGCGGAAAAGCUGGAAGUUUUAGACGAAUUGGAAGCUUAUCCUAGGCUAUACGAUCGCAAAGAUGUUCCAAUAGAAUUGGAAAAUGGAAUGAUAGUUGAAGCCAUGUUAUAUGUUAUAAAAUCUUGGAGACCUGAUAUCUUCGAAGUUUCUACCCCUUUGAUGGAUAACUAUUCCACAAAUGGAGCACAUGGACGUCCAUAUGUUGCAAGGUAUGCUAGAGCUAAAAGUAUGUUAGAUGAUGAGAAUUACAAUUUGUUCUCGGAUAUCCAAGGCGGAAGUAGUGCCGAUGAAGUUACUUUAGCUUGGACAAAAGAAAAAGCUUUAAACGAUUUGAACACUACGAAAGCCUAA